CAACACUUAUCCAUUCAGGUUGAACGGUGGUUCUGCAGUGCAUGCAGCCCGUUCCUCCUACGUGACCGACGAUGACCGACGAAAUACCUAUACCCGUGACCUGCUUCACUGGUUUUCUUGGUUUGGGGAAAACAACGACUAUACUCGGUCUACUGAAACAAUUACCAAAGGAGUACAAAGUGGUCCUUGUCAAAAAUGAGUAUGGAGAUGUCGAAAUUGACUCUCUCCUUGCCAGCCAAAGUCAGAUAACGGGAGUUUCUGAGAUCCUCAAUGGGUGCUUAUGUUGCACUAUGGUCGGGUUGGUUGAGAACGCCCUUGUGGAGAUCAAGGACAAGUAUCAUCCAGAUCGUAUCAUCAUUGAGUCAAGUGGAUCUGCAUUUCCGGCCACCUUAGCACUCCGGAUCCGAGAAUUAGAACCGAAAGGUUUCAAGCUGGACGGUGUGGUGACGGUGAUAGAUUGUAUUAAUUUCAAAGGAUAUGAGGAUUCUUCACCGUCUGCAAAGCUUCAAGCCAAAUACACUGAUCUUCUUCUCCUGUCCAAACAUCAAUUAGUCUCCGAACGUGAGCUAGAUCAGCUUCACGACCAUCUCUCUCUCCUCAACGAAGACACUCCGCGCAUCAAAGUCUCCCCCGAAAACCCGGUUGACCCAACGUUGGUCUUCGGUAUUGACACACGACUGUUCUCCCGGACAGGAGACGAGACUUGUCACUGUACAGUUGAGCAUGGUACUGAGGACAAUACAAGUCACACGAAGGGAGAUGUGAUACCGGUGGACAGAGAGGUCUUGGAACAACAAUUAGCAAAACUCAACUUUGAGAUAUAUAGAGUCAAAGGUCUCGUCCGUUGGGCAACACCGAACUCAGAGCGUGGAUCUAUACACAUCCUUAAUUGGGCAUUUGGAAGGUCCGAGUUCACUCCUUUCCCAGACUUGGACCUCAAGCCAGAUCUCGAGGGCGUCAUUAUCCGAUUGACCAUCAUGGGAGAAAGAGGCGAAGUUACCAGACGAGCUCGGCGUUUCGCGGAGGGUUUAGGAGCGGAGAUGAUUUAG